AUGAUCGUCACCAUGUUGUUAGAUGAGACUCGGCCUGCUUCCCCCAUGGAGUUAUACUUCGCCCGAUGCUUCGGCUUCAGCCUGCUUACUAUCGCCGUUUUGACCGUGAUGCUAACCGGCUCCAUUCCUCUGACAUCCGACAUCAAGGAGUCUGUGACAGCAGAGGAGGACGAUCCCAAGGCACCAUACGCUGUGCCAACUCUGAUAGUGACCUCCAUCUUCCAUAGCGCAUGUGCUUUCUAUGCGUAUACCUGGUACGUUUCUGGUGGAUCGGGUCUCUUUACUGUUGGUGUCGCUGGAUACUCUAGUAUUGCGGCCAUUGGGCUGUGGUGCAUGCUCUUUGCUAGCAGCCAUGGGAGGAUCAGUCGCCGUACGGGUGCAGACAAGAGAACGACGGGGUAUCCUUUCAAGAAUUCGGAGGCAGCGAAGAAACAUGGCAAGGGGCCUUCUAUGCCGAUAAAUGACCAAUCCAACCUACAGUUGGGCCAAUUUGAGGAAUCGCAACCCUUCGGGCCAUUCCGUCCCCCGACCGAAGCCGAAUCACAGCUUCAGAAUGCGUCACAUGCGUUUAUUCGUCCUCCACGACCAGACGCGUCGAACAACUUCAUCACGUCUUCAUCCACCCAGCUCCAAUCGCACCAAGGUCACCCUAGUAAUGGAGUUGGUUCGCACUUACAACCGCAAGGGCAAUCCUCCAGUGGCUUGCAUCAAUCGCAGGGCUACAACAAUGGUGUCGCCCAUGCAGCAAAUAUAAGCGGGGCGUUGCAUCGUGCUGGGGGACAAAUGCCGCCUCAAGCGUCGCUGUCCCCAAACGAGCUAGCUAUGGGGAGCAACGCGCAUCAAGCUCAGAGUAACAGCUUAACAACGAUGCAAUCCCCAAGUCAACCGUUUCAACCGGACUUUAUCGAGCUAGAUACUGGCUCCGUGGAACCGGUGGCCUUCACUGGGCCUGGAGAGCUGCAAGGCUUCAAAGUGGUCCCGAACCCUCCACAUCUAGAUUACUGGAGAGAUAGGUUGUUCAAUGUUGAUGAAAUGAUCACCUUGAGCGAAGAGGAAUUCCAAACCUACUUCCCCCAUGUUGACAAUGUAUACUCUCAUCGCUCAACCCAGCGGACGACCCCCGGGACGCCCAAAUCUGAUGAUCCAGAAAAGAAGAAACGCAAGCGUACGGCCAGAGAACGGGAUCUCUGCCAUGUCAAAAUCAAAGUCGUGGAAUACUUUCCAAUGUCUGAAAUAUCAAAUAUGACCCAUCCAGUCGAGCCGUUGCCAUCCAACAUCCUACCUGGCAUGUACACUUUCUCUCUGAACGACGAUCCCGCGAUCCGAAAUGUCCAAACAUUCGGUAUGCUCACGCCGAACCCUAGCUUACCACCAAAUCAUCCGGGAUCAAAUGGUGGGAGAUAUUUCACCAUACAGCGGGUGAAUGGCAAUGGUGCCAACGGGAAGAAUGAUGGUGUGAGUGGCGGUCAUCAACAUACGCUUGAAGAGAGUGAUCGUGUCAAGAAGAGUAGUGUCCAACGAUACGUUCUGAAGGAAAAGAAAGAUAAAAGGACGAGAGCGGACCGAGUUAUGUCUCGAACAGGCCAAAAGUCAUACCAUACAAAAGCGACGGGUCUGGCCGCUGAAACUGCGAUCAAACACUCUGCCGAUGUUAAUCUCAAGCUAUAUGGGAGCUGCUUCUGCCCCUUCGUUCAACGCGUAUGGAUUGCAUUGGAACUGAAAGGUAUCCCAUACCAAUACAUCGAAGUGGAUCCGUACGAGAAGCCCCAGUCGCUGUUAGAGGUGAACCCAAGAGGGCUGGUUCCUGCUUUGCGGCACGACGACUGGGGGUGCUAUGAAAGCAACGUGUUGUUGGAAUAUCUAGAGGAUCUAGGCGUAGGAGCGGCAAUGCUUCCAGCAGACCCAAAGCUGCGUGCCCAUUGUCGGUUGUGGGCGGAUCAUGUCAAUCGGCAUAUCGUGCCGAGUUUCUACCGCGUACUACAAGAGCAGGAUCAACAGAAACAGAUCGAGAAGACACAGGAGCUGCGAGACGCGAUGGAGAAGCUGCUCGAAGUGGCGCAUCCCAAGGGGCCCUUCUUCAUGGGCCCGCGUAUGUCCCUUGUGGACGUUCAAGCUGCCCCAUGGAUCAUUCGGCUGCGGCGGGUCCUGAAACCAUACCGAGGAUGGCCAGAUGCUGAGGAGGGAAGCAGACUGGCCUCUUGGAUGGAUGCAAUCGAGACCGACCAGCAUGUGCAAGCGACAACUAGCACGGAUGACCUGUACCACGACAGCUAUGAGCGAUAUGCCCAGAACCGUCCAAACACAUCCCAGGUCGCAAAUGCAAUUAACGCAGGACGAGGCCUUCCUUGA